CUGCGAUGUUGUCAGUUAAACAGACACUUGCACAUUGUAUUAAAUUACAAAAAGAAUACACACCUUUGUUGUUUAUUGUAUGUUAAGCCGUAUGAGCAUGAGGACCAAACUUCCCGCAAAACCACCCGUCAGGAAGUGACGUCACGACGCUUUGCUAUUCUAUUGGUCGAAUACGCCGGGUAUCUUACGACAGAGUCUUCGUUGAGUGAAUGAGAUUGAACACUUGGAAAUGUUUGUGUUUACUGAACAGCUCCAGGGUGGAGUCCUAAAUCGAGGGGAUGACCCACUGUAGUGACAGUGAUGAGCAGAGUGAUGAUGGAGCAGAAAAACCCAACAAGAACCAGAAGAAAAAAGGAGGAAAGCAUGUGUCUUUCCCCCCUGAUGAACAGAUAGUAUCGGGCUUUGCUGAGCACAGGGACGAUGGCAGAAAGGUUGACAGAUGCCUCACCUUGACAGAGGUAAUGGUGGCGUACCAGCAGAGCUGCAGCAGACACCAGGUCCAACCCAGAGCACACAUCCUGCAGCAGCUCCAGCAGGGGGUGUGUGUAGGUGGCGGUGUGAAAUGUCUGGAUCUCAAAGGUGAGCGAUUAGACCACCGCUCCUGUGAAGCUCUGGAAGUCGUUCUGAAAUCGCUGCACUUUGAUUUCAUCAAUCUGCAGGCAGCCCAACUGGAAGAAAAUGGAGCAUCGUCCUUGCUGGAUAUGAUUUUGUACUAUGAAUCUACAACCCAUCUUGACAUUUCUGACAACAGCGGUAUGGGAACAUUGUGUUGGAGGGCCCUCGCUCAUUUGAUAAAGCAGAGCGUGCGUCUGUCCAGACUGGAUGUGUGUAAUGUUCCCGUGGUUGACUACCCGGCCCAGUCUCUAUCUAAAGCUCUGCUGACCAGCCGGCUCACAGUGCUGCACCUUCACAAUGCCCAGCUCAGCGGCAUGCCUCUAUACACACUGGUUGGUGCACUGAAGUCAAACAAGGCUUUGAAAGAGCUCCACCUUACCAACAACCUGUUAAACAGCUACCAGGACGCCCUGCAGCUAGGAGACCUAAUCCGCUACAACACCACCUUACAGACACUGGAGCUCAGCAGCAAUGCUGUAGCAGAUGCUGGUUUGGAGGAGCUGUGCGAUGGUCUGCGGUGGCAGACGGCAGGUGUAAGGGUCUUACUGCUGAGGAACAACCAGAUCACUGCAUGUGGCAUGGUCCAUCUGGCCAAGGCUCUGCCCGUGCUGAAGGUCCUGCAGGUCCUGGAUUUGGGUGAGAACCUCCUGGGAGACGAGGGGAUCCAGGUGAUCAGGGAGCCUCUGAUGAUGAACUGCUCGGUGCUGCAGCUCGGCCUGGCCCAAACCAACAUCACAUCUGAAGGUGCUGUGGCGUUGGCGGAGUUCCUUGCAGAGAGUCAUCAGAUUCAGGGGCUGGACCUCCGUCAGAACGAGGUGAAGGUUGGAGGCCUGAUGGCCUUGUGUCUGGCCCUGAGGAUCAACCGUUCUCUCACUAGCCUGGAUUUGGACCACAUACUCCCGCAGGAGCAGGAUGAAUUUCUGAUGGAGACUCAGACAAGGCUUCAGUCAGAGAUCACCCAGCGCUGUCUGGCCAACGCCAGCCGCUCCCACCUCGCCCCGGACCCCUCUGAGACUUUACCCGGCGAGGCCGACGGACCAGCCAACAGCUUGACUCCCGCCUGAGCUCACACACACAAACAGCACACAGAGGAGGAAAAAAUCCUUGUACAGAUCACCUCAGAAACCACUUAUGGAUUCAGUCAUACAGACGCUGUGUCCCAGUGUCCCAAACCCAAACAGCUGACUGCCAGAUAUAUGCGAAUAAUAAUUCUAUCGCAAAUAAUGAUCACCAUAAAACUCCAAAUCCGGGUAAUAAAGGCACAGUAGAGCUCCCUAAUGAAACGCCGGCCUCCCCACUGCUUCCCGCCUAAUGUUCCCGCCGAGCCGCUCGCCACUUUCCAUAAAGCAAUUUUGCAGGCCCACUUCAAACGUGAAUCACCUAGAAAUGAAGAUAACUGCCCUUCCCACCCUCAUCGUUCUGAACUCCCCCACCAUCACCCCCUCCCCUUCCUACAACGCUCACACUGGAGCUCUGUGUGUGUGUGUGUGUGUGUGUGUGUGUGUCUGUGUCGCAAAUCCCUGUUUGCUUGUGUUCCAUCAUCACUUAAUGUUCACAGUGAUGCAUUGCGGGACACUCCUCAGUGUGUGUGUCUGUGUGUGUGGGGAUGUAGUGUCAUUACUCUGACAGAGGCAGCAGCCAUGAACUCAGCCAUGUUCCAUCUGCAUUAAUCAACUAAGCAGCGCAGACAGGCAGACGUUCAACAGCAAUACAAUGUGAAACAGUUGAGCACAAUGUAUACAGCUACAGUCAACAGAGGGGUGGGGGGUGCAGGAGGUCUGCAGGUGAUGGGCUACAAUAUAAUGGCCUACAAGUCCAUCUGACAUGAUUAGACCAUUAAACACACAACUGUGUUUGGAUCCUUUACACUUUCUACAAUGGGAGGAGAGU